GAGACACAAACAAACUAAACCGAGCGACUCGCUGUGCUGCACCGUGUACCGAGAGGUCCUCCGGGGAGAAACCAGGCUCAUUAGGGACGGAGGACACUUUACAGGCUCACUAUGUUCUCCUCAGCCAAGCCCUUUGAGGACCAGCACUACGCUGCUCUGAAGAAGCAGUGCCUGCAGAAUGGGAGUUUGUUUGAAGACCCGCUCUUCCCCACCGAGGACCGCUCAUUGUUCUUCCAAGGCAACCGCUUCGGCAAAGUCACAUGGAAGAGGCCCAAGGAACUCUGUAGUGACCCGCAUCUGUUUGUCAAUGGCAUCAGCGCUCAUGACCUGCAGCAGGGGCAACUGGGAAACUGCUGGUUUGUAGCAGCAUGCUCCAGUCUUGCUUCAAGAGAGGCCCUGUGGCAAAAAGUGAUUCCAGACUGGAAGGACCAGGAGUGGGACAAGGACAAGCCAGAAACAUACGCUGGGAUUUUCCACUUUCGGUUUUGGCGUUUUGGAGAUUGGGUGGACGUGGUCAUAGAUGAUCGGCUGCCUACCACCAACGGUCAUCUGAUUUACUGCCAUUCUAAUGACAGCAAUGAGUUCUGGAGCGCACUGGUGGAAAAAGCCUAUGCCAAGAUUUACGGCUGCUACGAGGCUCUGGAUGGCGGAAACACAGCCGACGCGCUGGUGGAUUUUACUGGAGGCGUAUCAGAACCCGUUGACUUGCUGGAGGGUCGCUUCAGUCAGGACGAAGAAGCACGCAAUCAGCUGUUUGAGCGCGUCCUCAAGGUCCACCACAGAGGAGGCCUCAUCAGCUGCUCCAUAAGGGCCACCUCUCAGGCUGAUAUGGAGGCUCGGCUGGAUUGCGGUCUGGUGAAAGGCCAUGCGUAUGCAGUGACAGACGUGCACAAGGUUCGUCUGGGUCACGGCCUGCUCGCCUUCUUCAAGUCUGAGAAGCUCACCAUGAUCCGCAUGAGGAACCCGUGGGGAGAGAAGGAGUGGAACGGGCCUUGGAGUGACAGCUCAGAGGAAUGGCAGAGGGUCAGUAAGAGUGAGCGGGAGAAGCUGGGAGUCACUGUGAGGGACGACGGUGAAUUCUGGAUGACCUUUGAGGAUUUCUCGAAGCACUUCACAGACCUGAUCCUGUGCCGCCUCAUUAACACGUCCUACCUGAGCAUCCACAAAACCUGGGAAGAGGAUGUGAAGUUUGGCUCCUGGAUUCACCACGAUGUCCCUCUGCAGAACCGCUCCGGAGGCUGCAUUAACAACAAAGCCACGUACCUUCAGAACCCACAGUAUGUAUUUGAUGUAAAGAAGCCAGAAGAUGAGGUUUUAAUCUGCCUACAGCAGAAAGAUAAAAGAUCUCGACUUAAAGAAGGCAAAGGAGAGAACUUGGCAAUGGGAUUUGACAUUCAAAGGGUGGAGCUGAACAGGAUCUACCGCAUGCACAGCCCACAGCAGAAGAUGUGCAGCUCUGUCUACAUCAACUCACGUAGCGUGUUCCUGCGCAAGGAAUUAAAAGAAGGUCGUUACGUUAUCAUCCCAACGACCUUCAACCCUGGACAAGAAGGAGAAUUCCUGUUACGAGUCUUCACAGACGUGCCUUCAGAGUGCAAGGAACUGACCCUGGACGAGCCACCACAGACAUGUUGGACAGGCCUAUGUGGUUUUCCACAGCUGGUCACACAGGUGCAUGUGAUGAAGGCUGUAGGACUGCAGGGCCAGGACUCAGACGGAUCAUCUGACCCAUACGUUAUCAUCAGCUGUGAAGGGAAGAAGGUGUGUUCACCUGUUCACAAGGACACACUGAGUCCUGAAUUUGACGUGAAGGCGAUCUUCUACAGGAAGAAACCCAAAGAUCGGAUACACAUCAAGAUCUACAACAAAAACGUCCUGUCCGAUUCAUUCCUGGGUCAAGUGAUUCUGAACGCAGAUGUUUCAGACCUGCAGAAGGAUCACACCCUCCAUCUGCAGGGCAAAGGCAGCCGUCAUUCCGGUGAUCUCCCAGGCAUGAUCAGCGUCAGCCUCAUCACCAGCAACGUCCUCACCAACAUCUGAGGACAUCCAGGUCAGCCGUAAUCGAGAGGAGCAUGAAGAUAAACUUCAGAGCUGUGUGGAUUUGUCUGCUAUACGUGAAACUUUGAUAAUAUGGAGAGCACUUUUCUUGGAUGUAGUUUACAUACUGUGUACUUUUACCAGACACUUCUAACCACUUUUGUCUGCAGUGGGGAUUUACAUGUUUAAUAGUAAUGGCCUUAAUGACUUAUGUUUACAUGAUCUCUCGGACCAAAAUCAGCAUGAUAUUACAUUCUAUCUAACAUGUGGAAUUGCGCUAGAUGUAAGACCCAGUGCCAAUAUUCAUCCAGGGAAAGCACUUCCUAUGCGAUCCUAUAUAUUCCCUUAAACGUAUAUCUGUUGCCAAUUAAUCAUCCAACCUUUUAACAGCCAUAAAAUAUUAAGAGCUGGACAGUAAUUAAGCAUGUUUACAUAGUUAAAACUCAGGAAACUGCACGAUUGCAUCAGGCCAUAUUAGUGCUGUCUUCAUAUAGCCUAGUAGCCCCAGACUUCUAUCUCUGUAGAACACACCACCCUCAGCAGGACAUCAGCGCCUCAGCUGCGGCUGAAAUUCCAACCUUUUAAACCAGUGCUCUUAUUAAUAUACUUUAUUAGGUGCCUUUCUAUCAUAAAGUUUAUCAAGAACCUUUUCUGUUUCAACCUCUUUCACUAGUAAUAGUAUUGUUACUGUUUUAAAACUCGAGGUUAUAUGACCGUUCUGCACCACUACGGCUUUGUCCUUCGGCUCAGUUCAUGCGUCUUGGUUAAGUUCAGCAGCUCACAUCUGUAUUAGAAUGUGACGCUAGAGUAUACAGCAUGUUUGGUUUACUUUCUGCAGUUGGGGCAAUUUAGAUUGGAAUUCAUGGAGGCUUUGACUACUUCAUUUUAAUUCAGUACAUACAGACUAGAUAUUGCAGAUGUGAAUGUACACUUAGUUUACAUUUCUGGGGACCAGGAAGUACUGAGCCAGAGCUUGCUGUUCUCAAUGUUCUUGUCAGUGACCGGACAAUGAAGCCAUACAUGCCUUUUUUUUUUUUUUUUUUUUAAAUCACUCUCUUUAAAAAGACAAGCAAUGAUUAGAGCUUGUUUUAUAUCAGUAGCACAGCAACACAACCAUUUCCAUAACUUGUUUGUUUUUACAUAAGUGUUGAAUAAGUAUACGAGGGAUUUGUUGUGUACAUUUAGAUGGCAAGACUCCAUCAAAAUACGGAAAUGCUGGUUAAAAUAUGACCAAAAUGUCCACUUGGUGGCAGUACAUAAUCAAAAAGCCCCAAGAGUACUGUGUUUAUCCCUCUAUAGUUCUAUUGAGGUCUUUUGUUUACUCUCUUGUUUACUCUGUUGCCUUCAAGUGAAACUCUUGAUAUGCAGUAUGUUUUACUAACCUUUUUUUUUUUUU